AUUUUCAGUCUAUCGCAUCGACAGUUGAGUCAGCUUUCCAAACUGAGGCGUUCACCUUCUUUGUGGAAUGGGAAUCAAGCUCAAAAGUUGUCCGAAAACGUUCUCUCCAGCCUGGCUCGAACUCUGCAAGAUCUGUCCACAGCUUUCCGUCGAUCGCAGUCAGAUUACCUAAACAAACUGAAGUCUCGCGAUGAUCGCAUCAAGGGUUACUUGUCGAUGGGGCUCCAACUGGAUGAAGGCCCUGUUGGAACAAUGGAUGAAUUUGGCGACAAUGAGUAUCAGCUCUGGGAGGCACAGCGUCAACGUCGUGGGUUGCUCCUGGAGGAGAACACAAAUAUGGUCACCCAAAGAGAGCAGGAGAUCAAUGAAAUUGUUCGAUCAAUCCAUGAAUUGAAUGAAAUAUUCCGCGAUGUCGCACAACUUGUCGUCGAUCAGGGCACAAUUGUAGAUCGUAUCGACUACAAUGUGGAACAUACACAAAUACGUGUCGAGGCCGGUUUGAAACAGCUCACCGAGGCCCGCAAACAUCAGUCAAAGGACAGGAAGAUGUGGGUGAUUUUCGUUUUGGCCGUUUUGGUUGUUGUGUUCGGACUGCUUUUAAUUGUGACCAAACUCACCUAG